UUUCAAAGGAAACGCAAUGCACUAUGGGAGGAUGAAAAUGAUCUCAAGCGCAGAAGAGACGCCGAAAGUCACAACAACAAAAGGCGAGUUUGAUCUUUCGGGACAAUCUUGAGUACUUCAUAAAAAGUCUACUAUGAAACCAUAACAUCUUCUUCAGAGAACAGGACAGGAGGUGGCAAGGAACCAUGGGUAUUUCUGCAAGUAUAGCAAAUUCCUCACGGAAAUAUCGCACCAAUGAAGAAUUGCCUCCUGCUCAGAAGUCAUCUAAACAUUCAUCUAUUGAAGUAAGUGAUGAUGAUGACGAAGAAUUGAGAAGUGUGCAAAGCUUCAGACCAUCAAGCCCACUGGCUCAUCAAGAUGCAAGGUCCUUUGCUUUUGAUAAGACUUACACAAAACAGUAUCGUCCAAGAAAUCAAGUGGACAGGCAUAGUUACCAUGGCAACUUGGAGCCUAUUCGUCCUGGUAAUAGACACAUAUACCAUCCUGGCGGUUUAGAUCGUGGUUCUAGAGAUGGAAAUGGUUCAUAUUCCACAUGCAGUGUGAGAGAGCCACUCUCAAGGGCUUUGGUUUCACCAAGUACCUCAAGCAUCUAUGGGUUGCAGCCUAGACCUGCACGAACCAUGAGAGAUGUCAGAGAGUAUUUGUUUCACCAUCCAGAGCUAUUAGCUGGUAAGAAGAACAUGCAAAUACAGCAAUCUGUUGAGAGUGAUCUGUAUGGUCUCUCUACCAAUCACAAGCAGAUGAAAACUAAACAGAGUGUUUAUAUGGGACUCAUAAAAGCUCCCAUAAUCUAUGGAGCCGGUGCUCGACCAGAUCAUAAGCAGCUUAAGGUUGAUCAAAAGUUGUACCUCAACCUUGUUUACCCUACAUUAAAACCCAAAGAUUACCACAGUCAGGUCAUAAGAUCUCGUCCUCCCCUUAAACAGGAAGGCAUGGUUGUUGUGAGGAAAGAUGAUUAUCUACGGCAGCCUAACAGAUAUGUCAAGAGGCCUCUGCCACACAUGCUGGUGUCAAGAGUUCCAGAAGCCCCUAGUGGAAAAAAUGUCCUUAGAUCUGUGCAUCAGGAAAGAACAAUUUCAAGGGGGGAGGCUCCUACUUCCCACAGGAGUAGAAGUCAAUCCCGAAGCUUAACAGGAAACACCCCUCAAAAAGCAAAAAAUGACUAUGUUGAUUUUCCUGAUGUUGUUAAUAAACCACUCACAAGCAGGUCAGUUAGAAAUGAACCACAAGUGCUAAGGGACAGUCAACAGAUGAAUGGUUUUGUUAAGUCAGGGAAUUCACAGCAAAGGACUCCAAGACAUGUAAAAGAAGACAGUGAGGUUGUAUUCACCUUUAAUGUUGAUGAACUUAAUUUGAGGAAAAAGACUGAAAUACCUCGGUUUGAACAUGACAAGGAAAAAGGACAAGUAGUGCCACUUUACUUCAGGAAGUCUCUGGCUUACAGCCCAAAGUAUGAAUAUAGUGAAGACCUUCUGUCAAGUCCAUUGUGAAGAUGUUAGGCUAUCACUAAAUUAUUUUCUCACAUACUAAGGGCAGCCUAUGUGUAAAUUAGCUACAGCUUUUUGAAAUAUGGUGUUUGCACAUUUUGUUACACAUGUUGUAAAUGUACUUUUGCCUUUUUGCUCAAAUCUAAAUUUUGUGGGCCUUUAUAAAUGCAAGCAAUUAAAGUUUUUGGUCACCAACUGAACAUUAUCUGCAAAAAACAAAAUUAUGUUCAGAAAAAAUUGUCACAUGAAAGAAGGAUAUACAAUUGUGUGUCAAAAAAUUGAUUGGGAAAGGUAUUUAGGUACUCAGUGGGUGUUCAAAGAGCUUAGAAACAGUUGUACAAAUGCACACCAAAGGCUUUAAUGAAGCAACAGUACCAAUAUGACUGCCUGAAAAAAAGUUUGCAUCUUUCUUUGCAUUUGAAAAACAUAGGUUGUUUUUGGAUUUCAAUGAGAAAUGUUUAUGUAAAAUGAAUUUGUAAAGUUUUCACGGUUAAAAAGAUCUCUCCAUGGUCAUGGCAGAGAAAUUUAUGAUGGGUGUUCAUAAUUUUGUGUUCUCUACAAAUUCUAACUUCACUUAAAUUGUGUUUGAAGACUAUUCUUGGGCAGAAAUCUAUAUUCAGGUGUGUUAAGCUUUUUGAAGUGUAUUAAUUAUUUAUCAAAGAUCUACAUUUAUACUUACUAAAGACAAUACCCUGGAAAAUUUGAAUAAUUAUGAUGCAACAUUCACAUUUUUACCUUCCAAUUUAAAUGUUUUGAUUAUUGUGGGGGUCAUAAGGCUUGAAAAAACUCUUUUCAGUGGUUUGGGGGAUUCAAUAUCCCAACCAGAGAAACAAGUCUCUUUCUUUUUUUUUUUUUUGUCACUGCAACUGGAAAAGGUCCUUGAAACCUUGUCAAUACUGAACAUUUGAUUUCAUUAUUCUUUUAUAGCCCAGACACAAAGUUAAACAUUUCAUUCCUUUUUCAUUUUAGCUAUUUUGUAGGGUUUGUAUUCUAUCACUCAUGCAUUUUAAAAAUACUAUAUUAACCAAAUAGUGUCACUUGUUGUUUGGCUCAAAGGUGAUGAUAUGAGUCUCUUUUUGUAAUCCAGUUAUGCUACAAGGCAUUAUUUUUUUCAAGAUGCUAAGUAGUAUUUUAAUAAGUAUUAGAAUUAAUAUAAAAUACAAAACAUGCACUUAUACCAUUAUGGAAGACAGGUCAUAACUCUAAGAAAUA